AUGUAAUUUUAAGAAUUAGAAAAAAAGUAUGAAGAACUUGAAGGAUAAUGGAAAUAAAGUUGUUUGAAAGUUCAAUAAUUAGAGAGUUUAAAUUUAUAAUUAGCUUAAUAAUUAAAUGAAUCAAUUAAGGAGAUUACUUCUUUAAAAUAAAGAGAUUAACAUCAAUCUGAAGAGAUUCAAUAAUUAAAUGAAAUGGUGACUGAUUAGAUAAAGUAAAAGAAAUAAAAUGAAAAAAAAUAUGAUGAAUUGGAAAAGAAAUAUGCAAAACUUAAAGAGGAAUAUAAGAAAUUAGCAUAAAAAUUAGAAAAUAGAGAUAUAUAAAUAUAAUAAUAAGAAAAAGAAUACAAAUAAAUAACAGAAACUGCUUAAAGAGAUACUUAAGCUUUAAUCAGUACCUAUGAGUAAAAAAUUACAAUUUUGGAAUAAACUCAAAUUCCCAAAUAAUAGUAAUCUAAAAAAUCAAUUAUUGAUUAUUUAAAGUUAUUCUUGAUCUCAUAAGUUGCACAUCCAAUUUUCUAUAUUAUGUAUAGCAAAAAAUAAUGA